AUGACCAGAGACGGUCCUCGCCAAGCCGAUGAAGACGGCACUUUCAGACGGCAAUCGUCCAAGUUCCGGAACUUUAUCCCAUCGGCCCAGUUCCCAGCCGAGAGCGGCCGUUAUGUUCUGUACAUUAACUGGGGUUGCCCGUGGGCGCACCGCGCCAGCAUCGUACGCAUCCUCAAGGGCCUCGAAGAUGUCAUCCAGCUGGUCGAGGUCGACGACAUGGAUAAGACCGCCGGCAAAGGCUGGUUCUUCUCUGGUAGGAAUGGGGGCCCAGAAAGAGAUCCCGUGACCGGCUGCAAAUACCUGCGAGAGUUGUACCUCAAAGCAGACCCCCAGUACGAAGGGCGCGUGACGGUGCCGACGCUUUGGGAUAAGCACCAAAACACCGUCGUCAACAACGAGUCGUCCGAAAUCAUCCGCAUGUUCUACACCGCCUUCGACCACCUGAUCCCGUCGCACCUGCGCGAGGAGAGCAAGGGGCCGGCCGGCCUCUUCCCGGAGCACCUGCGCGCGGACAUCGAGGAGAUGAACACGUGGGUCUACGACACGGUCAACAACGGCGUCUACAAGUGCGGCUUCGCGACGGCGCAGAAGGCUUACGACCAGUCCAUCUACCCGCUCUUCCAGAGCCUCGCCCGCCUCGAGGCCCACCUGGCUGCCCCUGAGCACCAGCCCUACCUGUUCGGCGAGUACAUCACUGAGGCCGACAUCCGCUUGUUCCCCACCAUCGCCCGCUUCGAUACCGCCUACCACACGCUGUUCAAGUGCAACCUGAAGAUGAUCAGGUACGACUAUCCCAGGAUCGACCGCUGGAUGCGGAACCUGUACUGGGACGAGAGCGAGAGGACGGGCGGUGGCGCGUUCAAGAAAACCACGCACAUCGAUAAGUGGAAGGCGGGUUACUCGAGAGUUGCGGGCAAUGGUGUCGUGCCGGCUGGUCCGCAACCGGCCAUUCUGCCUCUUUGA